AUGGUUAGUCGACAAACUAUGACAACUUCCCUGCGGUUAGUGGUAUCCAUAUUGGCCACAUCUCUUCUAUGUGCAGUUAGUGCGCGACCUCACGACCACGAUUCAAGUGCAAGUGCAGAAAUUGCACGACCACCUCACGACCCUGAAACUUCUUAUCCCAUAGCUGAAGGAGCAGGUACCGUAGUCGGUGGAGCUGUUGGUGUGGCUAAAGGAGCCGGAACGGUCGUUGCUGAGGCUGCUGGAACGGUGAAAAAUGGUACAGUGGAGGCAGCGAAGACCGUUGGAGGCUGGAUUGGUAAGCUUGUGAAAUUUUUUUGAUU